UAUUUCGCAUGCACAUUGAAUAUAUUUUCAUAAUGCAGCGCUCAGAGGAAGAGAGGUUUUAUAUGACGUGCAGGGCUGCUUAUCUGUCUGUGUUCAGAUCCAGUCUGGUUAAUAUGACUUCAAAAGAUCAGCUGUGUUCCGUUCUCCAGCAUGCAGGUAGAAAUCCAUCACAGAAAGCUUUAGACAAAUAUUGGCCACCUGGAACCAAGAAGCUGAAUUUUGAUGACUUUUGUGAGAUACUUAAGAAGGAAAAAACAGCAGAACCAGACCAGCUUAUGAGAAUUUUCAAGAAAUUCGAUGCAAAUUGUGAUGGAUAUAUCUCACACGAUGAGCUCAGCAGAAUCCUUACUUCCUCUGGUGAAAAAAUGUCACCUAAGGAAGUGGAUGAAAUCUUUUCCUUAGCAGAUGUCAACAAAGAUGGGAAGUUAGACUAUGCAGAGUUCUGCAGGCUUCUUGAGUCUACAGUCGAACAGUGUCAGAACACAGCACUGGAAAACCUUGAGGCUGAUGCCAAACUGAAGAGGCAGAACUUUGGCAACCAGUUGGACAUCUCUCCACAGAGCCUAGGGUCCCAACCUGAGCUUCCAGCUUCAGAGAUACAGCCCAGAACAGAGCCGGAAACCACACAGAGGAAAGGUAUGAGACAGGACAGUCGCUCAUCAUCCAGACCAUCAUCAGCUCGCAGUCGUCGCUCAUCUUCAUCCACGGCCAUCACCAUGGGCGCUGGCAGCACUAAGAGUGGCAGACUGGCAGAGCCCAUAUCUCUACAGGAUUGGCAUCACACUCUUAUGAGAGGUUGUUUUUAUCUGGAGGAAGAUGGAACGAUUGUUUCUCUUCAGUAUCGUCUGAUUAUACCAGAGACAACCAGCGUCUACUUGACCAUACGUCCCCUCAACCUUAGCCCGAUUCCUGAUAAGCCUUCUCCGUGGAUGUGUGUGGACACAGCUCUCUAUGUGGUGACAGGGAAUGUGACCAAAGAAGAUUCCAAUUUGGUUUGCUUUACUGAGUUAAGAGAUAAGGAGAGGUUUCUGUGGAGAGGAGAGCUCAAUGCCGGCUCAUAUCUGCUCUUGCCCUUUACCACCGGCUGCAGAUUGAUGAGGAGGACAAGGAAGACCGCCACUAAAACUGCUCAACUAGUCAGCCGCACCCAGUCGGGAGAGCUGGAGCUAACCAAAGAGUUCAAGGCGGCAUUGUCUGACAUCUUUGAAAUGAUUGAUUUGGAUGGCAGUGGUCUGCUGAGCCUAGAGGAGUACAACUUCUUUGAACAGAGAACCAGUGGAGAGAAAUGUGAUGAGGAUGCCUGGGCCAUCUGCAAAGAGAACUUUGACACAAGGAAAAAUGAGUUAACUAGACAAGGCUUCAUGGAGCUCAACCUGAUGGAAGCGAAUGAUCGGGAAGGUGACCCCAGAGAUUUGUGGCUCACCCUGGAGGCCAUGGGCUACAACCGCAGUUUAGAGAUGGUGGAGGCCUGUCCGUUUGUUAUUGCAGUCUACUGUGAAGAUGUAAAGGCAACUCUUCAGGCAGUUCAUUUGGAUUCUGGUAUCAAGAUGUUGAAUUCUGCUGUACAGAGGUCUAUCACGUCAAAAGCAGAGGCCAGAUCGCUCAAGGGUCACGAAAAUGUAUUGGUUUAUACAUACAAAGGAGAGAGCAGGAUUUCAUCAGUCAUUGCCAAUAAGUCCAAUCAGAAGGUGACGGUGCACAUCAACAAUGAACAAAGCAAGAACUGUGUGAGCAGCAGGGGCAUGAGUGUGUUUGCUGUGGAGGUUCCUGCUAGGACUAAAAUGGUAUGUCAGCAUGUCAUGGCUUUAAAUGAACAACUGGAGUGGACUUACAACAGUGUUGAGACCAUCAUACCAAGUUUGUAACUGUCUCAGUAAUGUUUAGAUAAUGUCGUGCUUAUAAAAUGAAUAACACAAAUUUGUUUGCUACAAUGACAAUUGUAAACAUGUUUUAUAAUAGCUUUCAAAAGUUAUCAUGUUUGUUUGUUUUUACUGUUUCUGUAUUAUUAUAACACUAUUAAUGUUAUUACAGUUAUAUUCAUUUCAUUUUUUGUAAAUAAAGCAAUUGUUUUCGGUUGUUUUUUUGUAAUAAAUGUCAGUAAAUCUUUUUUUUAUUUGUUUGUUUAUUAUUUAAAUUGGAACAAUGAUUUUAAAGUACACACAAAUAUUUAAUAAUCUUUUCUGUGAACAGUUUUUUUGAGUGAAUUUAUUUUAUUUUAAUAAUUUUUUUAUCUUUAUUUUUCACAUUUACCCCAGUCCAUGAUGGGAGGUAACCAAUCACAUUACAUUUCACACCAGUUUGUGUUUCCUAUGAAACUUUGGCAGUUUAACAUAAGCAAUAUAAAUACACUAAUUUAGUUUUAAGCACUAGUAUGGCAUUAAGCUAGUGGGCUCUGUUAUACACACAGACCUAAAUUUUAUUCACCCUUGACCUUUAGCACCACAUGUAGGUUUAAGUUUCUAUUUAUAACUUUCAGUCAUUUUUUUUGCCCUUUGACUUUCACGACUGUAACUGUAGAACAAGGCACUAAAGGUCACAUGACAUGUGAGGAGUAUUUAAACUGCAAUUAUUUUGAUCUCCAUCUCUCUCACCAAAAAAGUAAACCUCUACAAAUGUUGUAUUCAGUAUGUAGCCUCUGUUUUAUUUAGUCUUGUUAGAGCUCAGAGAUUUUUGUACAACAAUCUUUUAUCCAAAAUGUGACACCCAUGUCUGUUUCUCUUGCAUUCGAGACACUGUUCCAGCUUGACUUUUAACCUGUAUUUUUUUUUUUUUUUAAGAAACUUGCAAUAUCAUGACAACAUCUGAACCUAGCAUCGUUGUAAACUUUGUUCUGCUUUGAAUGAAUUAUGGGUGAAACUUGAUGCAAUAGAUAAACAAAACUCUGAUCGAGA